AUGGCGUCCGCGAAGCGAGGCCCAUCGGUCCUGGUGACCGACUCGCGAGAACGGCCUCCGCAGAGGGGCGCUCUCCAGCGACAGAACACCGGCAUAGGUGGUGCUCAGGGCCGACCGGCAAUGCGCUUCAUCUCUGUCGACAACGUCCUGCAGUACGCCUCCGAUAUCCCCUCAGGCCAGCCCCGUGUCGUUCCCACGUCCCAGCGUCCCGCUGGUGGCCUCGCGAACGCCCGACGCGUCAGCGCUGGCCUGCCGAACCUGCAGUCGAGGACGGGACAGCAGAGCAUGCCCUCACGCACGACAAAAAUCAGCGAAAAGCUUGUGCUGCUGCCCGAGACGGACGAGAAGCCCGGAUCCGACGAGGACCUCGACGAGGAGGCGAGCAAGAUGGCGCGCGAGAUUGAAGCCGAGGAGAACCGACCACUGCGCGACGAAGAGCUCGACGUGCUCCGCAAGAGGGGCGGCAUCCGUGGCAAGAGUUACGCCGAGCGGCUGCCCAAGGUCCAGCGCAAGGAGAAGCUGGCGCGGUUGACGGCAUACUGCACAGCGCAAUCAUACAAGAUGAAAUCGACCGCCGAUUUCCUCCGGACCAAGCACGACGCCAAGACGAAGCUCUACGACGACUGUCUUUACGUGGUGUACUCGUUGCCUCUCCUGAACGGCACCGAGGGCUACCGCGUCCGUAGCCGGCCCAUUGUCAAGACGCCCGGAAGCGGCAAGACGGUCCUGGACAUGGAGAUUGAGCGGAGCGAGCAGCGUGACUACCACGAAGGGUACUUUGAGGACGCCGUCGAUAGCGGCAGCCCCAUUAAUGGCAGCCCUAUGAACGGCAACGGCGUCUACGGAGACGAUUCCUCUUCCCCGCGCCAUCACCGCGAGCAGUCCCCGGACGACCCCAACAUCUCGCCCAUGGCGCGGAUUCCGGACGCCAAGUCGUUCGCCGAGAUGUUCCUUUUUUCCUACGGCGUUGUCGUGUUCUGGAACUUCACCGAGCACCAGGAGAAGGACAUCCUUGCGGACCUGACGUUCGCGCAGAACGAGAACGGGCUCUCGUUGCUUACGCGCCCGCUCGAUGAAGAUGACUUCGAGACGGAGGAGUUCCACUUUGAGUACAGCCACGACGUGAAGCGGCCGCGCAUCUUCAACGACAUGAUCACGCUGCUGCCUCGCAGCGACCACAUGGUCAAGCUGACCAUCAGCCACGCUAUCGCGCAGAGCACAAAGCUGUGUCUGUUUGAGGAGCGCAUGAGUGAGACGAUGCUCGACGCGCAGCACGUUCCGAAGCGGCUGGCUCUCACGGGCGAGUUGAACAUGACGAGAACGGAGAUUGUCAAGAUCCUGGGCCGGCUGUUCAAGAGCCGCGUCGAUAUCAACCUAUCCUCAAAUAUCCUCGACGUCCCCAACUUCUUCUGGGACUCGGAACCGACGCUACACCCGCUUUACGUGGCCAUCCGCGAGUACCUCGAAAUCGACCCGCGCAUCAAGGUCCUCAACGAGCGCUGUCGCCUGCUGCCGGGAAGUGUCAAGUGGGAGCUUGAGAAGAGGAACGUCAGCGUCGACGAGCUGAGGCUUUGGAGCCGGAUGCUGAGCGAAGAGGAGGGGGCGGGCUCCGAGGUUGUAGGAAGCCGGAUCGUGGGCAAGACGUUUGCUGGCGUUUGA